AUGGCCGACUACGAAGUAACUACCGAAAAGAAGAAGACUCACCGAGUCGACUCGAACGACACCGAUGGUGAAGACCACCACAAAAUUGCCACCGAGCCUGUCGAUGUUUUCACCAAUGAAGAUGGCGACGUUAACUUCCGCGGCGUCUCAUGGCCCGCGGCGGCCGUUCUUGUUGCGAAGUUCCAGCUGGGACUCGGAGUGCUGAGUCUUCCCAAGACCUUCCACACUCUGGGCUUUUUCCCUGGAAUCCUCUGCUUCAUAAUUCUCUCGACUAUGACAACCGCCUCGGGUUACAUCUCCGGCAAUGCGAGGCUUUACUACCCGCAAAUCUAUAGUGUCGCCGACGUGGCUGAGAUGUUGUUCGGCAAGAAAACAAGGGAACUUGUCGGUUUCCUCUUCUACCUCUAUCUCGCCUUGACAGCCGGCGCUGGCAUGCUCGCCUCCUCCGUCGCCCUUAACGCGCUCUCAGGCCACGGCGCCUGCACUAUGGUAUUCGUGGCCGUAGCCGCUGCCGUUGCUUUUCUCAUCGGCGGCGGUUUCAGAAGUCUAGACAAGAUCGCCUGGGUCAGCUGGGCCGGUUUCGGCUGUAUCUUCGUCGCUAUCUGGACGACGGCUAUCGCCUGUCUCGUGCAGAACAGGCCCGCCGCAGCCCCCCAGACGGGCACUAUUGACCUCGAUAUCCGUAUUUUCCCGGACACCACUUUCUCGCAUGCAAUGUCGGCCAUCUCAAACCAGCUUUUCGCCGUUGGUGCUUCUGGGGUCUGCUUCUCUAUCGCUGCUGAGAUGAAGGAACCCAAACACUUUGGCCGCGCGCUGCUAUGGGGCCAGGGAAUUGUUAUUGCGACUUGCAUCGCCAUCGCCUCCAUCGUUUAUUCGCAGGUCGGCCAGUACCUUGCCAGCCCUGCCCUCGGUUCUGCCGGUCCAUUGAUCAAGAAGAUUGCCUAUGGCAUAGGACUGCCUGGUCUCCUUGUUACAGCUAUCCUCUACAGCCACACUGCUGGCAAGUACUGGUUCGUCAGAAUCCUCCGCGGUACACGCCAUCUCCAAACCAGUACCGCCAAGCACUGGCUUGUGUGGGGAGGCUCGAUGUUCGUCACUGUCGUCUUCGGCUUCAUUAUCGUGGGAGUUGUUCCCUUCUUCAGCGACUUCCUCAGUCUUGUUGGCUCCCUCGUCAACCCCGUAUUCACACACAUCAUUCCCGGCUUCAUGGUCUUGUUCUACGUAGCAAAGAAGCCUCCUAUGGUUGGCUUGGAUGGAGCGCACGCACAUGAGCACCACUCUUCCCCGGAGAAGCAUUGGCUUCUUGAGGCUAAUGAUGCGGCCAAGAGCAGCAAGAAGGACAUGAUUUUAGUUGUUGGUUCAUGGAGUAUGAUUAUUAUUGGUGUCUUUAUCACUGUGGGCGGCACGUAUGCGACUGUUCUAACGAUUAAGGAGGGUUAUGAUAAUGGUUCUAUUGGCGGUGUAUUUUCAUGUGCGGACAAUUCAUCUGGCUAA